AUCAACCACAGGAUUCCGAUAUUCCAUCAAAGCAUGGCGCUAUGCGCAUCCUGACCUUUAGAUCUCUCCGCACACUUGUAUUUCCCCGACCUGGAUAUUCUAUCCCAGUGAGACGUCCGUUCGUACGCGUCUUUUCGUCCACGCGAUUCGCGCCGUACCUUCAAAGCGCUCCCGAAACCGUUGAUGUUCCUGUGGGCAGCAAUGGACAUGUUUCUUUGAGUGUGAUCCAGCCGUCGUCCCCAGACCCAUCUUCACCUCCGAAUGUGAUUCUCUACCUCCCUCCUGGGCCGCUGUUCCAGGGCCCCAAAACAUCCCGUAAUAACGAAGACGGCAACCAGGCGGAUGGCUCCUCCCUGAACAUCGGAAGCGACGAUGGAGCUCUUACGCCCCAGCAAUUCCUGGCAUCCAUCACUUCCUCGACGGUAGUAACCGUCAACUACCGUCUGGGCGACCCCAAGGAAGCAGACACGCAAUCAUUCUACAAAUACCCAUUCCCAAUCCAUGACACCCUAGCCGGGUUCGACUGGAUACAGCAGAACCUCCAACCGGCCCAACUGGGCAUCUUCGGCACGCACAUCGGUGGCUCAUUGGCUCUAAUGCUAGCCCUCACGGAAGCACAGUCCAUACGAGCCGUCGCCGCUCUAGAACCCAUCUGCGACUGGGUCGGUCUGGACGAGUACUGCACAGUCUCCUUUAUAGGUAAACAUGGCGAUGUCCAGAGCAUACAGGUCCCCCGCAGGAGAAAAAAGAGGACCGUCGCACCGCCCGAUCUCAUUCCCCUCCUUGAAGCGAGGGAGAGGUUCUUCACCAGACCGGAACGGUACUUCGAUGCCUUUGCUUCGCCUAUUCUUUUCCUUCGCGCGUCGGGAAGAGAUGUUCCUAAGACAUUCCCUAGAUAUCUCACCGGUCCUGAAUACCCGGUUCCCGUGCUGGAGAUAUCGGAUUUACCGGAGCGGAGGGAUGAACAUGCUGCCCUUUGGGACGUCUAUAUGCAGGAUGAGGAGGAGGGGCUAGAGGGGAAUGAAGGAGAAGGAAGCGAUAUGGCCCACUCCGUCGAUGAGGGGAAAGUAGUUCGCCGUCGAAAGGCUCUCUCGCGAUGGCCACCAUUUGGUCUGGACUACGGUCUCAGCGGUAGCGGCUCCAACCGCUCUUCUUCGCGAUUGGGAAUAGGCCGAUUGCAAAUGGCUCUGCCAUGGGUACGCAUUUAUGCCCAAGACAGUAACGCAAUAAUUACGCCUGCCCGACAGACAUCUUCUCACACUCUGAGAUCGAAGGGGGGAUCGACUGUCCUAGCGCAGCAGGCGGAUGAGAUGGUCUCUGUUAUGCGUCGGGCAUGUUUUUGGGACCGAGAGAGGAGUUUCGGUGAGGAAAGGGUGCAGUUUAUCCCCGUUGACAACGGGAUGGCAUCUGUUGUUAUCGAGGAAAUGGCUGGGGAAUGGCUGGGAGAUAUUCUUACAGAUACGAAAAUGGAUGCUGAUGCUUGA